AGUGUGUUUCGUUUCUCAUUGUAUUCCCCACGUGCUAAACAAUUGUCAACCGGUGUAGAAAACAUUCAAAUAUAAACAUUACCGAGCGAUGGAAGUAAUUGUUGGAACUUAUGAGGAAUUUCUCCUCGGUUAUAAACUAGUGACAAAUGAAAGUGUAAGUUUUGUGCAAUCAUUUGCGGAUAAAUCGCAUGCAGGUCCACUAAAAUGUCUAGCAGUACAUGGGCACUAUGUGGCUACUGGCGCCACAGAUGACCGUAUCUUCCUCUACGACAUGCGUUCGAGAAAACAAACAAAUAUCAUUUUAACGCAUGAGGGUACCGUCAACGCAUUGGCUUUUACGCCCGACAGCUCACAUUUGUUGUCAGGCGGCGAUGAUGGGCGCAUGAUUGCGACGCGUCAAAACACUUGGGCCACAGAGGGUAAUUGGAAGGCGCACAAGGGUGCAGCAGUCAAUCAAAUCAGUUGUCAUCCGAGCGGCAAGCUGGCACUAUCACUGGGCGCCGAUCGUGUAUUAUGCACAUGGAAUUUGGUGAAAGGACGUGUAGCGUAUCGAACAAAUUUGAAAAGUCGCAGCACGUUGGGCACACAGCCAGAUUGUCUGACGUGGUCGCCGACUGGUGAUUACUUUACCUUAUGUGGUUUUCGUGCCGCUGAGAUUUGGUCUAUUAAAUCGGCAGAUGUUUUGUUGAGUCGAAAGACAAAAGAAAAGCCGAUAUGUGUUUGCUGGGUAGCCGAUGAGAUGUGUUUGGUUGGCUUGGAAAAUGGUAAAAUAUUGUGGCUUGAAGUGACAGAAGACGAGGAAGAAGAAGAAGAAAAGGAACAUGUUACAGAAGCACACAGCACAAGAGUAAAAGUGAUGGCUUUCCAUAAAGACACGCUAAUAACAAUAUCAAGCGCUGGUGAAAUGAAAGCAUGGCAAGUGGAUGUAAAUGAACGGACAUUGCAACUGCUGUGCACAACCAAUAUCGGUUGUCGUCCGACCUGCCUUAGUAUCUUGGAUCUAACACAAUUCGGUGGCGCAUUCGUUUUGAAAAACAACGACGUCAAAGAAGACAAAAAGCAAGUGCAUAUUGUACCAAAGAAAACAGCCAAGCAGCCAGAACGUGGUGUUGUAACUAUUGAAUAUGAAGAAGAUGAACACGACGAGCAGGAGCAAGAAAGCAGUGAUGCUGAUGCAGACUCGGAUGAAGCUAGUAGCAGUCAGGUGCAAGAAAAGACGAGAAAGCGAAAGGGAAAAGCUGUUAAAGGUGAACAAACACAAACAAAGAAAAAACAACCGAAACAAAAAGGACCAUUGAGUAAAAAAGCAAAAAACAAUAAAAAUAAAUAAUAUUUUUACAUAAAAAAAUUGUUAGUAAAAAUAA